CUUGGGCUUCUCUGGCUUCUGGCUCUCGUCCCGAUGUUCCUCGCUUGAGAUACUCGGGAGCUGAUUUGCUGGAUUUCCCACUUUUUGGGGGUUGGGAGGCGCUGGAAGGAACCAGGAUGGAACGGGAGAGGCAAGAUCAAUUCUGGCAUUGGAUCCAUCCAUGGAAGAGUGUGUCUAGUGAGUGAGUGUGUCUCGCUUGCGAUAACAAAACCGUUUCGGAACCCUUCGAUUUUCAUUUCUUAGGGAACCCUUCAUUUCUCACCCAAAUAGGCAAACACUUCACUCAUCUUACUUACUGUACUGUGCUGCUGUGCGUGCUGCGCUGCGCUGCGCUUGCUUACAUACUACACUGCAGUGUCAUGUUGUGUUGUGUUGUGUGUUUGCCUUUAACAGUACAUCUUGACGCCGCCAUCACAUUCUUGAGUUACAGCUACCUACUUUAUUCAUUCGCCUCACUUCUUUUUAUCCGUCCUCCGUGGCAUUCCGUCCAAUACAUUAAAAAAAGCCACUCUAUCGUACUCUUAUUAUCUCUCUUGGCCGCCCUCCAUUUGCGACACCGACACGACCUGCCCCUCACUGUUAAUCAUCAAAUCUCCCCGACUGCCGCCGCUCUCCCCGUGAGCGCGCAUUCAUUCCUAUCCACUCGAUCCCCUGGUUCUUCUCAAUCCUCCAUAUAUACCUACUUAUGCAGCGACGUUGGCGCUUGAUUCAAGACUCGGGCUGGGUUCUCAGUCAGGCGAAUAGCUAUUCUCCAAGAGACCAAAGACUCAAACCUCAGACGUUGAAUCACGACUGCAACGACGAUAUGGCCAGUUUCGCCAGAACCAUCAAAUCUCCUUACUUAUCGCCUCGACUACGGCCUUCCAUGCCGGGGCGCUCCAUGUCUACGAAUUCCGACCAUUCCAACUCUCCUCAAAGCCCACGAUCCGAUGAAAUUGUCGGCGAAUUCGACUUAUCUGGACGAAACACCCCAGCGAUUCCAUCCAAAAGACGGAAUCAACCACGAGACGGAUUCUUUGACCUUGAUGACAUUGAUUCUCGCACUUCCUACUUUUCAGGUAAGUUAGCAUUGACAUUGGCAUUGUACGGAAUGCUUGGAAUGCAUAUCCAAUAUCCAGUCGUUUGACCCCUGAUUGCCCAUCCAUCCCUACCUCUCUCGGAUGAUCUUCCAUCACCUGGCCUCAAACGACAACGAGAAGUCUGCUCCUGGCACUCCCUCAGCUCCCUCAACCCCGCGUAGCCGCAGCCACGUUCGACCUAUAGCUAUCGAUCUGCCUCAACUCAAGCGUUUCACUUCCGCUCCCGCACGCACGCCUCCCGAACCCUUAUCUGCAAGAGGUGACCUUCCUGGAGGUUACUUUCCACUUCACGAGGAUCCCAACAGUCGUGUCCAUCGGCCACACCCUUUCCAACAUCAUCCCGACACUCGCAUGAGUCGUCUCAUCUCGGAAUCUGGACCAAUCUACGCGGACUCUCCCACUUCUCAUCCAGCUCAAAGUGCAGUCAUGUCUCACUCAAACACUCCCGUCGCCUCCUACCUUGCUCCAGGCUUCCAUGACCACCCCGUCCCUAUGGGCAAAUACUACCCAUCCAACUACGAAAGUAGAAAUGGCGCUCAAUCAAAUCUGCGACCUCCCUUGUCUGGAAGCGUGUCGUCCAACGUCGGAUCCGAUUCCAGUGCAAUCCCUCGUGCAAGUAGCCAGUCGAACCCCGAGAGCGAGCUGCGUCGCAAGUUACAACAGUAUCAACGCGAUAUGAUUGCACAAGCAAGCAUGGCUGCAAAUGAGCUCAUUAGUAGCUCAGCCAAAUCUGGCGAUAAGCCUGGUUUGUCGCUCAAUGACCUUCCUCUCCGGGACUCUCGCUUUGCUACUCCUGGCUGUCAGAAGCCCUUAUCACCCAGACUCCUUCCCAUGGGAAGUCCUGGCCCUGUCACCCCCAUGGACCUUGAAGCCAUUGGCGCUGGUGACUACAUGAGUCGCUAAAAAUAUGGCAGCAUUUCACAAAUUUCUUUCUCUUACCAGUUACUGUGUUGGGAUAUUGAGAUAGAGUGUCAUAUGCAUACAGAUUGAGCAUGGUUCUUGCAUCGAAACUGGCUGGACUUGUUAUUUUCAUUUGACAAAGGGCGUUGGUUGGAGAUGAGCCCAUCAGUGGCCUGACAUUCCUCCUAGGUGGCAUUCAGCGUGUUGUUUAACUGCAUCUGGUACAAUUUGAUACCGUACGUGUUGAGGCAUGAUACCCAUAGAAUAAAUUUCAUUUGUGAGGGCUAAAUGGUGACCACCGGGCCACCCAUCUCCGCAGAUAAGUAUGUGCUGUUCUCCGUGAUGUUAAAGUGACCCGUAGCCGAGGAGAUGAUAGUACCUUUUGAUACAGCAAGCAUGUCAG